CAUCAUGAGCCUUCGUACGCACAUUUACGGACGCACGUUUUCUGGAAAUACCGAGACUGCGGCGCUGCCACGGCUUUACUACGCAGUGCUGGGACGCGGACUAGAUGUCGGGAGGGAGGACUGAGGCACGUCACUGACGUUAUUGUAGCCUGUACGCAAAAUACAUUUCUCAGAAGAGCCGCAGUCGAAUUAAACAAAAAGCAUGGGAAGGAGUAUACGUGAUACUUCGUACGCUAAACGCCUGAUUGUCUCCACCGAACACAUACUUUUGCUCCUGAACGGCACAGGGAACCGGGACUAGCUUCGCCUAACCCAGCGGGCUAGCGUCACGGGGCUAGCUGUGCAGAGGCUUCCUAGCUAACCGAACCGCAGCUUUGUGGCCCGCAACGCACCUCCCAGCUAGCAUCCGCCGCGUGCACAGGGAGGAAAAAUGGUGUACCUGUUAAAUCCUAUAGAGAACCUAAGAAGCUACAUCAAUAACCGUCCACCUCUGGUCAUUUUCAUGAUAAGCGUCAGUGCAGUGGCCAUCGCCUUCCUGACCAUUGGCUAUUUCUUUAAGAUUAAAGAGAUCAAGUCUCCAGAGUUGACAGAGGACUGGAACACCUUUCUGCUACGCUUCAAUGAGCUGGACUUCUGCGUGUCCGAGAAUGAGACCAUAAAGCACGGCCUGAAUGAGUCCACCACGCCGGAGAGCUUGGUGGUGACCAGCGGCCAGGCCCGCUCCAGCACGCAGGCCCCGGUCCUGCUGGAGGACGCGGGUCCCAUCAACAUCUCCGUGCCCAUCACGCUCACGCUGGACCCCCAGCGCCCGUUCGGGGGCUACUCCCGCAACAUCACCCACCUGUAUGCCACAGUGCUGGGUCAGCAAGUUGGUCUGUCGGGCCGGGAAGCCCAUGAGGAAAUAAACAUCACCUUCACCCUGCCGGUGUCCUGGAACUCAGAUGAGUGUGUUCUGCACGGCCACUGUGAGCAGGUGGUGUUCAGCACUUGCAUGACUAUCACAGCAGCCAGCAAUAUCUUCCCGGUCACAGUGCAGCCGCCACACUGCGUCCCAGAGACGUACACCAACGCCACGUCCUGGUACAAGGUGUUCACCACAGUCCGAGACUCCGACACCAAGUACAGUCAGGACUACAACCCCUUCUGGUGUUACAAAGGAGCAAUCGGCAAAGUGUACCAUGCACUCAACCCAAAGCUCACCGUCAUUGUUCCUGACGAUGAUCGCUCCCUCAUCAACCUUCACCUGAUGCACACUAGCUACUUCCUGUUUGUCAUGGUCAUCACUAUGUUCUGCUACGCAGUCAUAAAGGGGCGGCCUGGCAAAGUGCGACAAACCAACCCCGAUUUCUGCCCUGAGAAGGUACAACAGACACCAGCAGUGCUAUAUGAGCUCAACAGGUGGCUCUGUCAGAGGGGUAAAAAGACUAAUGAAGUCUCUGCCAGAAGUUACCUGAUUCCCUUCACUGGGAAACUGAAGGAGUCUCAGUUUCUAAGCGUGCUUGUAAGGCAGUUAGUGGACUCCAUGUUGACAGAAGGAGGGGACAGCCUUGUCUUGUUGCAGCAUGGUCUGGCUCUGAGAGCACCAGGAGACAAAGCAGCAGGAAUUCCUCAGGAGAACCUGUGUGCUGACAUCCACAGACACCUGGACCUGGACCUGGACCUGGAGCACCCCCCGGACAGCAGCCCGCUCUGA